CCUAGGGCCACAUGGCCAGUGUAUGUCUCUGACCGCCCUGCCCGCCCUGCCUAGCGAAAUUUUCAGGAGUGUAAUCGUGACGACAAGAUGGAAAUGCUGGAAUGUGCCGUGAGGACAAAGUCUUUGUCUUCUUCAUCAAUUGACAAGCAGGAGCUACAAUGUUCUAUUUUCUCCUUUUAGAAAUCGUCGCAAGACAAUGUUGAAUGCCACUCGGCCCCCAUGCACUUCCAUUUCAUUUAAAAAGCUCAGCUCAUAGCUCGCAGAAUAUCACCUCCCCCCCCACCAACUCUCAGAUUUUAUACCACUCUGAAAUGGCACCAUGCGAAGUUGAACGCAGUGCGAUGCUCACACUUGCUGACUGCGCUCUGGAGCAGAUCCCUCUCUGGCUCAGGAUGUAUCCUGAAGAUCGUGCCGUGAGGGCGUCUACGGUUGAAGACACCCCGGAGACGAGUAGCGACUGUGGUGGUCAUAAGAGCGCUUCAUCCGUUGACGGGGACGCUGGACGUCCGUCGAAGCUGGAUAAGUACGAAGCUAGUCUGGUAGUAUUUCAAGUUCCUCACCUCAUCGUCCAUCGUUCCGAGCAACUGGCUGAGGCUUCUGGUUCCGCCAGCCCUCCCCUCCCUCCUCGCAUUCCCCCACUACAAAACCGCGCUCAACGCUUCGACUUCGUUGACCUCAGCCGGAUUCCCAAAGUCUACGAAUGGCUUGUACGCAACGACACGUUGCUGCACAGUCAUUUCAUGUCCGAGUGCACUUAUCCGAUGCCGAACCACAACGAAUUCGGGAAGAUGAUCAGGAAGACUUGCCACGAACGCAAGGAGUUCCUAGACGCCGACAAAUGGGUUAAAGUCAUUGAGAAGUAUAGGGUCGUUUGCAAGGGAUGUGAUAGCGCCGUGGCACUGGACAGUCGCAAUGGUUACUAUUACCCUAACUUCUGGGUCAAGCAUAGGUCUUUCUGCCCAGGCAUUUACGCGAUUUGGCUCAGGGAGAAUGGGAUGGGCAUUGAUUCAGACAAGAAAUGGUUCAGGAAGCAUAGGCAGUCAAUUGAGGAUACUAAAGCGAAAUUGUGAAGCGAUGGAAUAUAAAGAAAAUUUCCUGGUAUCUUGGCUCACACUCGUUUCAUUAUUUUGUAGGUCUUGGUUUGGACCACUCGUUUAAAGUUUAUCGAUAUCACUGUGAAUAUCCAUGCAUUAGAAUAUUUUAAUUCCG